AUGGGUUCAAAUGUCCGAGAAUCUGUGUUGAGAAAGCUCCGCGACGCAUACAAGAUAGACAACUUGGCGAAAUUCCAAGAAGAAAUUAUAUAUCAGGACGAACUCUACUAUCCGACCCUUCGAAAUAUUCUGUUCUCCGCUCCAACAGGGAGUGGAAAGAGUCUAGUUGCGGAAACAAUCGCCUGUGUUAACGUGUUGCUAAGCAGAAAGCGGUGUAUCUUUAUUGAACCAUACAUUGCAUCUGCCAGUGAAUUGUUCUUUUCUCUACAGGUAAUAAAAGUCUUACCAAAUAUGGACAUUGUUUUAGAGACAAUGGAGAUCCUUGGGAUUGAUUGUCAAGGCCCAUUUCGGAGCUGCUUCCCUCUCUUUACGUGAAGAAUUUGAUGCCGUGGUAUGUACUAUCGAAAAGGGAACCUCUCUUGUUAGUCGACUGAUCAAGGAUCGAGUCUUGGAUCAGUUCUGUAAGCCAUUUGUUUAUCGUCAGUGCUUUUAUAGCCACUAUUGUUAUCGAUGAAGUCCAUAUGACGUUUGACAACGACAGAGGUACCCUUAUUGAAGAUUUGUUAAUCAAAUUAAAGUUCAUGAACACCAUCAGGUAAGUUUUUCGUAAAGAUUUUUAUGCUUGUUAUAGUACUGAAACCGUUUGUCAAGUAAUAGCAAUGAGCGCGACGGUAGAAGACGCAACACCAUUAGAAGGCCUUUUGAACACAACAAUAUUAGACUACAGCAUCUGCGAAAAAAGGGAUUUGGAUGAAUAUUACAUCGUAAAUAACAAAUAUUACAGCCAGAGAAAAGAAGAGAUAGAACUUGUGGAAAAACAACCAAUGUUCAACUUCAAGUCAGAUGAAACAGGGGUUUUGAAGUAAGUUUCUUUACUUUUACUUUGCUUGGGCUCUUUCGUGACUUAAUACGUUGUUUCAGUUUGGUGAUGGAGUCACUUGUAGAAUGGAAAUCGGUGUUAGUAUUCUGCCGGACAAAAGCUCUAGUUGAAAAAACUGCAAAAUUGAUUGCCAUGUGCAUCGACAAGUGUUCAAAAAAGAAAAAUGAUACUUUUAAAGUACUUGGUGAUCGUGUUGGAGAGUGCAAUCUAUUGUCGGGAUGUGGAUUUAUGGAUACUUACAUCAAGACUGGUGUCGCCUUUCAUCAUUCAGGUUAGAUUAAUUAGAAAACUGAACAAUUAAGACUUCUUACAAGGGAAUGGUGUGAACUGUCCGUGAGCUUUCAACAUAAGACCCACAAAUUCUGAAAGAGCACGUAAAAUUUAGUAAGAAUCCGUUUUUUAUUUGCCGAAUGGUCUUGGGACGGUCGAUUUUUAUCGACCGGUUAUAAUAUACUUAUGUUACAGUAAUCCUGGAAAAUUGAUUUUCAAAACAUUGAAUGCUCAAUCACCAAAAACGUAUGUAUCCAGAAUUCCGGGUCAUUACCUCUUUUUAUGAUGCCGUGAGACUUAAAAUUCCAAAAGGGACAAAUUUAUGCAAAUUCAUACCUUCCGGACAGAACAUAAUUUGGGAACUUGUUAAACACAUGUCUACAAUCAUUUUAAACCAAAAGAUUAAAAAACGGCUUUUUUGUAAAUAUGCAGGCGGUUCACUAUACGCUGACGCAGGGAUCCAAAAAUUGUCUUUUCAACUUUUCUUGCAAAAUUUUAAGAAAAGGUGAAAAUUUGGCAACAUUCUUUUCCGGAAACCCGAAAAAAUAUGCAAAAUCCUGGAAGACCUUCUGGAAUGGUCGAAAAACGUCUUUAACGUACCAGUAGAUUGACAUCUGGCAUCAUCGAAGCCCCCACGAUGUUGCCAAAUUGUCAAGUUUUCUUGAAAUUUUUCAAAAAAUCUGUAACACUUGAGUAAGUUUAAAAAAAAUUUUGUACAUAGCUAUAGAAUAUAUUUCUCGUCUCCCAAGACCAUUCAUUAGAAAUAGAAAACGGAUUCAAAUUAAAUUUUGUGCGCUCUUUCAGAAUUGGGUCUCAGGUUAAAAGCUCACGGACAGUUCAAACCAUUCCCUUGUUAGGUGUCCCAAACGAAAUUCGAAAGAAAAUCGAGACCUUAUAUCGCGAAAGAAAGAUCGCCGUUAUUGUAUGCACAUCCACACUAAGUACUGGGGUUAAUCUGCCUGCUUCCCGAGUCCUGAUAAUCCUUGCUGACAACUUCGACAAGUCCCUGAACUACGUGGCCUAUCACCAGAUGAUUGGAAGGACCGGAAGACGGGGCUUUGGCCGAGGUGAGUCUAAUUAAUUGCCGCCGUAAACAUAACAAGUCGGUUUUAUUUGAAUUAAUUAGUGAAAUUCGUUUGUUUCUUUUGAUUGCCCAUUAGGGAGUGCCGACUUCUCAUUGGCCGCUUUAAAGUCCUGCUAG